GGUUCUGCUCUACUUUUUCUGGCGCUCUCUGUGACUUAUCAAAUUCUACCAUCAACGCGGGCAUUCCCAAUAGAUUGCCAAAAGAACACUGCAGUUUGUUUGAAAAAAAUAACGAAGGACGUCACCCAAAUUCAGGAGAACAAAACGGCAUUGGCGAGAUGUAAGCACGAUUCCCCUUCGUUCAUGUGUGUUACUACCUUUAUUAAAAUCUAUUAAUUUAUAUUUUUUAUCAUUAUUUUUCAAGAGAAUACCAACUGUUAUUCCCCUUGUAUUUUAUCAACAGCUAAGAACUGUGUUGAGCUCUACUAUUCCGGUCAAAGGAUCAGCGGUGUUUACACAAUCGACCCUGAUGGCUCAGGUGUCUUUAAUGUCUAUUGUGACCAAACUACUUCCGGUGGGGGAUGGACAGUCUUUCAGAAGAGAUUGGAUGGCUCCGUUUAUUUUAACCGCACCUGGAAUGACUACAGAUAUGGCUUCGGUAACUUGGUCAGUGAAUUUUGGCUCGGACUGGACAAGAUAAACCGUCUGACACAAAACAAAACAAAGAACAUGCUUCGAAUAGAUCUGGGGUUAACUACGCGCCAAACUGUUCACGCUGAGUAUGAAUGGUUUGGGAUUGGGAAUGCGACGGCAGACUACCGCCUGUACAUUGGCAAUAUGACAAGUAAGUAAGCCGUCUUUUUAAACAUUCAUCGUUCGAUUUUUAUGUGUUACUUCCCUAUCGACGUCUACUGCCCCAUUCACACCAAAGCUUAAGAGCUGUUUUGCUAAAACCAUUUAAAAUGUGUUUCUUCAGAGAGGCUGCUUAAACUGAUGUAUGUCCAUUUCAAACUUAGCAAAUUUAGCAAAUUAACAAGUUAGUGACAACUUGAAUCCUAUGAAAAACUGGUUUUCAAUUCAAUCCCUUCUCCCAACUCCACGUAACCUGCAAAGAAUGGUUUGUUCUAGUGUAUACCCGUUUGACUGUGUUUUGCUGUUAAUUCUGCCCAUACCAAGUUGAGUCCGCGCUCCUCCUUGGAUAGUUUUCUUAAGCUGCUUGAGAUAGAAAAUUCAUUGACCUCGGCUUUAGCAAAAUCAUAAAAUUUGAGUAUUUUCUUAUUUUCCCAGGUGUUUUUGUAUUUGGAUAUCUGCCCUACUUCGUCGAUUCGUAGCUAUCGAGUUUGAGGUGUUAUCUUGAUCCUAAUAUUAUGGAAUUUUGGUAUUUAUUAUUAUUAUUUUUUAAGCAGAUUCAACUGUUUCCUCUGACUCCCUCAAUCCUCACAAAGAUCUCAUUUUUGGUACCUGGGAUAGAGAUCCUGCCCAUUGUACUCAAAAAAGAGGCGGAGGCUGGUGGUAUGGCAACAGUAGCGCUUGUGCUGUUUGGUCGAAUCUCAACGGAAUUUAUCCGCAUUGUCGAAAGGAAACCUGGGCCGAUAUCCAUUGGGGAAAAUUAGAUCCAAACAGUCCCGCGGGCAGCGCCCCCACAUCAACUGAAAUGAAAAUUAGACCAGUGGAUCUUUUU